UAAAGAGCGGUACACACUCCCAAGGUGGUCAAUUCAAACGUUACAAGGAUGGCCUCAAAGCCAGUCUGAAACUGUGCAAUAUGGACCCGAGUGAUCUUGAAAACAUGGUCACAGACAAGACCUUAUGGUGAGCACAGUGCCAUGCUGCUAUACAUUCCUUGAGUAGAAAGAGACUACCGCAGCAGUAGACAAACAAAGAUGCCGAAAGUUAAAACCUCCAAACCUGACAAUAUCGAGUCAGUUUAUGUGCGACACCUGUGGCCGAAUAUGUGCCUCGAGGAUUGGCCUCUAUGUGUCAGACACAUCAACAGCAACUGUGAUGAGAUCUGUCACGUCGACAGCUCAGACCACCAAUAUAUCAGGAUCAGGGUUGAAGACCUAGGUUCUAAAGCAGCCCUUACUCAAACCUGUGCACCUCAUUGGAUUUAAAGGGAAACAUCAUCUGAUACAUUUAUGAUCCUUUUUAUCUAGUGAGAAGAACACCCACAAGGUUUUCUUCAUUAUAGUAAUGAGUUAAAUUAAUAAUAAAAAAAAUUGUUUGUUUUAUACAGACGUAAAUAUAUCUUCUACACACUAUACCCCACUGUACCUAGAUCCGGCCCUGGCAUUUGUAGAUUAUCAGACUGUUGAUGUGUGUUUAUAGAUGAUUUGACUGUUGUUGUGUGUCUGAAGGUUGUCUGGCUGUAUGGUGACAGAGGAAGGCUGUGCUUUUGUAUCAUCAGCUCUGAGUUCAAACCCCUCACACCUGAGAGAGCUUGAUCUGAGCUACAAUCACCCAGGACAAUCAGGAGUCCAGCUGCUCAACGACAAACUGAACGACGCAAACUGCUCACUGCAGAUACUGAAUGUGGAUCAUGGAGGAGAGUUCAGGAUUACAGCAGGACUACGGAAGUAUGCCUGUGAUCUCACACUGGACCCAAACACAGCACACACUCAAGUCAUCUUGUCUGAGGACAAGAAGAUGGCAAAACAUGUGAAAGACCAUCAGUCGUAUCCUGAUCAUCCAGAGCGAUUUGAAUGUCUUCAGGUUCUCUGUGAAGAGAGUCUGACUGGACGUUAUUACUGGGAGGCUGAAUGGAGUGGGACAGGGACAGAAAUAUCAGUGUCAUAUAAAGGAAUCAGCAGGAAAGGAGGAAGUGACUGUAUGUUUGGUUUCAAUCAAAAGUCUUGGAAUCUGAGUGGCUUUUAUAAACGUUUCAUUGCCUGUCACAAUAAUAACAGCACUGAUAUACCUGCCCCUUCAUUUUCAUCUAACCGAGUAGGUGUAUAUCUGGAUGUGUUGCCCGGCACUCUGUCCUACUACAGUGUCUCUGACACACACACACUCACACACAUACACACAUUUAACACCACAUUCACUGAACCCCUCUAUGCUGGAUUUGGGGUUUAUUAUGACUCAUCAGUGUCUCUGUGUCACAUGGUACAACACGGAUGUGAAACAUAAAAAUGAGUGAAAGAAAAAAGUAAUAUUUACAACAUAUUUACAACAGAAUAUUUACAGCAUUCCCACAAAGGUAUUAGAAGAAGACAUUUCUUACUCCAGGACCCCUGGAGGUGUCUUUGUAUUUCAGUGGCCUAAUGGUUAGAGAGUUUGACUCCUAACCCUAAGGUUGUGGGUUCAAGUCUCGGGCAGGCAAUACCACAACUGAGGUGCCCUUGAGCAAGGCACCGAACCCCAACUGCUC